AUGCGAUGUGGUACAACCACACAUCUAAAACGCUUCCGCGUUGUGCAGUGUGAAAAUUGUAAUAGUGUAACACAUCUGUACAAUGGUCUUUCACCGGGAGGUAAUGGUGUUUUGGCGCAUCGUGAGCAGCGCAUCACUUCUACUCUUGGUUCCAUCGAGUGUGAUGAUGAUGACGAGGAAGAGGAGGAAGAGGUUGAAGAAGCAGAAGAGGCUCUGGAGAAUGCGCAAGAUGACAUUUUGUAA